AGGGAUCCUGACGAAAGCGGAACUCGCCGGAGCCCAUACAAAUCAGAGCGGAGCUCGUCCAGAAGUUGAGUGGAUAUCUGAGCCCGCUGAUCAGAGGCUGCCUCUUGCAAGGGAGACAGAAGCGAAAGAGAGGAGGAGGAGGAGGAGAAGUGGGUGGGGGACAGAGAGAACCAAAAAGCCCACCAGGCUCAGGCAGGACUUAAAGCAGGCAGGCGGGACAGGCGCUCCCAGCAGAUCGCCCUGAGAGAUCGAGGGGAGCCUCCUCCGGGAUCCGCCGGAGACCCCCUGAAGAAGAAGAAGGCGCCUCCGAGGGGCACAGACGCCGCAGCAGCCGCAGGUGGUGCCAUGAUGGCCACCGGCUACCCAGACCCUGCGGGGCCCGAGGACGCCGUCUCUCUCCUGCAGCAGCAGCAGCAGCAGCACCAGGCCGCCAAGGAGCCCUGCCUCGGCGGAGAGUCGGCGGCUGCCAAGAGCGAGCCGGAGAAGGGCGACCCGUCUCAGAAGCCCCCUUACUCGUACGUGGCGCUGAUCGCCAUGGCCAUCCGCGAGAGCGCCGAGAAGCGCUUGACGCUGUCGGGCAUCUACCAGUACAUCAUCGGCAAGUUCCCCUUCUACGAGAAGAACAAGAAGGGCUGGCAGAACAGCAUCCGCCACAACCUGAGCCUCAACGAGUGCUUCAUCAAGGUGCCGCGAGAGGGCGGCGGGGAGCGCAAAGGCAACUACUGGACGCUCGACCCGGCCUGCGAGGACAUGUUCGAGAAGGGCAACUACCGGCGCCGCCGCCGCAUGAAGAGGCCGUUCCGCCCGCCCGCCGGACACUUCCAGCCCGGCAAGAGCCUCUUCGGCGCCGCGGCCGAGGCGGCCGGCUACGGUUACCUCACGGCGCCGCCCGCCAAGUACCUGCAGGCGCCUUUCCUCAACGCGGCUGCCGCGUCUUGGUCCCUGGCGCAGCCCGCUCCGCCGCCGCCGCCGCCUCAGGCGCCUCAGGCGGGAGCCUACGCCGCCUGCACCAUGGCCGCCGUGGCUGAGGGAGCGGGGAGCGGAGGCGCCGGGAGCGGAGGAGGCGGCUCGGGAGUAGGCCUGGCGGCCGGGCCUGGAGGCGCCGCCGCCGCCGCCUCACCGUACGGGCCUUAUUCCCGCCUGCCGGCCAUGGUGAACUCGUACAACGAUGGGGGGCCACCACCACCACCACCACCCCACCACGCGCACCACGCGCACCACGCAGCCCCACCACCACCCGCACCACCACACCAGCACCAUCACCACGCGGCCGCGGCGGCCCAGCAGCUCGGAGCGGCGGCAGUGGCGGCGGCGGCGGCGGCGGCUGCUGCGGCCGCCUCGGCAGGGAGCGGCUCCCCGCAGGGCUCGCCCAACGGGCCGGCGGGCCUGCAGUUCGCGUGCGCCGCGCGCCAGCCGCCCGAGCUCGCCAUGAUGCACUGCUCCUACUGGGACCACGAGAGCAAGCACAGCGCCUUGCACUCCCGGAUAGACAUCUGAGAGAGUGGAGGGCCCGUCCGGAAGAGAGAUGGC